UGACAGUAACGUUUUCCGCAAUUGGUGUGACCGCAAGCGAAAACGUGAAGUGAGCGCCAUCGGUGGUGUUUUCUCGCGAAAUAUAAUAUCAACUAAGCGGAGAAAGAUGGGCGACAAGUUGCUGGAUCCGACGCAGAUCAUCAAUGGGCUGGCUGUGAUGCUGUCCUUUUUCGUGGGCUACCGAUACGCCCUGAAGCGAGGCGAUGCCAAGGACUCCGUCACCGAGGGAGCGGCGACCCCGUUCUCGCAGGAAUCUUCGGUGUCUAGCGGUUCCGAGGCUUCAGUUUCGGAUAAGGGCUAUGGAGGCUUGAACGACAACUUUAAGAUGGUCCUGGUGGUGCGCAACGAUCUCAAGAUGGGCAAGGGCAAAAUUGCCGCCCAGUGUGGCCACGGAGCGGUGGGUGCUUACCAGCGGGCGGUGGUCAGGACGCCUCGACUACUGCGGUCGUGGGAGAACUGCGGUUGCGCCAAGAUAGCCGUUCGCGUGGAGAGCGAGGCGGAGCUGAUGGCCAUCAAGAAGGAGGCCGAGAGACAGCAACUGAACACGUGUCUCAUCCGCGACGCCGGUCGCACACAAAUAGAGGCCAACUCCAAGACUGUGCUGGCCGUGGGUCCAGCGGCUGCCGCCGACAUCGACCGGGUUACCGGCCACCUGAAAUUGCUGUAAGAUCCGCACUUCGGAAACUCUCACAGGCCAUUGGCAUUACUAAUUCACUCAAGUGCAACCCGACAAUUCACAAAGCAAUACGGCGCACCGGUGGAGCGGUUGAAAGAUUAAGGCCACCGGGUGGAGGACGACUGUGACAUGCAAGCUAAGCUAAGAUUUACGUUAUUACAUUAACUGUGAACCGAGCUAUUAAACAUUAAACGAUUGACAGUCCGGCCUGGAACUGCAAAGCUCCGAAGCGUUUUUGUAGGGGUUCAAGUGGUAAAAUCCUAGCUCAAGUAAUUAAGUCCCUGUAGAGUAUUUCCUUUUUCCAAAACUAUUGUGUUUUGGUAAAUCCUUUACUAACAUAUAUUUGAAAAAUGAAAUGUGUCUACUCAUUAAGAUUAUAUCUAGCUUCCCACAGUAUUUGGUCUAUUUCUUUUCAGAAAAUAUCAGGGUCUUUUGAAAAGUAAUGGUGACACUUGUUUGUUUCUAGGCAUUAUUUAAAGUUAU